AACCGAGUGGAUCGCCAACAACCGCCGUGAGGUCAAUCAAUCAAUCAAUGUCAAACCUCCCCUAAGGGGUUGCACCAAUACCUCCUGAUCACCCUUCUACACGCUGGUCGGCUCGAGAUACCGUGUUCAAUAGCACCUUAAUUCCUCACCGCUGCAGCUAAUCCUCUCGGCUCUUGUUUCGCCCCGCGGACCAGCAUCUGCCUCUCCUCGUGUCCUGAACCCCCCGAUAACCGCGGACCCCACCUAAAGCAACUCACCUCCUUUUGAGAGACCCCAUCUCCGACCAGCCAGGGGGAACCUGCAUAAAACCAACCAGAAUCACAAGAAGAAGACGAACGAAGAAGAAGAACAAGAAACACCAUCAUGUUCUCAUCCCUGACCUCAUCCUCCGCCAUCUCGAACCUAGGCACGCGGCUCACCUCCCUCCGACGAGCCAUCACCCUAGGCGAUGAAGCCGACGAUCCAGAAAACGAAGACUGCUCGCACAUUUCCAACGUGCUGCGCGCCUACUACACGGAGAAAGCACGGCCCUUCCCGAACUGGCUGCCCCCCGAUCCGAAAGCGCCAACACCAGCGCCGGCACGGGUCAUCGCGACGACGCAAGUGCAGGCCGGAGGAGCAGCCGGCGGCGGCGGCGGUCCAGCAGCAUCGGCGUAUGGACGCAGCGGAGGCGGCGGAUUGGGAGACUUGUGGGGAGAUUCGGGUUCAGCGACGGCGCCGGCCUCGCAGACGGCCAGUCUGCGUCGAGGUCGGUUGACACCCGGCAGUGGUGGAAACAUGGGGGCGCCUCUAGCCGCCACGGCCAGCGCACCGUCGGGGAUGAUUGCAUCACCGCAUAGUCCGUCACCUGGUGCAGGUGUGCCGACCGGGUCAGCGAGACCGCUGCCUAGCCAGCGAGCCGGGUCGUAUCAGACGAUCUCGGGCCCAGUCACAGGUGGAGGGCUAGAGCGAGCGGCGUCGGCCCAAGAAAGACUGCGAGCUAGAUUACAUGGGGGCCGGUCUCCCAGUCCCGGGCAGAAUCCGGGCAGUUCGAGUGGUAGUCGGCCGGGUUCGCCAUAUGUUGGAGGGGGAGCGGAUCCUAGUGCACGAAAACCGGUAGGCAUGCCGGGAAAACGAUAAUGGUCGGGCAGGAUUUUUUUGCUUGUUUAGUUUCGUUUACGUUUAGGCUAAUUUACUUUUUACUCCAUUUACGGAGUACGCCGUACUACCUUGGGCUGGGGUGGUGGUGUGUGGGGGAAAACGAAGGGGGCAAGGAAGAGGAAUUAGUGGCUGCAGGGGCUUAUUGCAAGAUGGGGACUGCUGGUUAGUGUCUGGUCUUGUGGUAAUUCGGAUGGAGUCCGCGGAAUGGGGGAAAAAGGGCGGGAUGAUGAAGUUGAAGAGGGAGAAGGAAAGAGGAAAGAGAGGAGCAAAGAGGAGGAAGCUAAUCUAUCUUAGUGGACUGAACUUUUCCAUGGUUUUCGUUGUCAUGGGACUUGAGACUGGGGACUCUGGGAGUUGUUCCUGCUUUUGUCUUCUCUGGUUGAGCCUUCGUCUACCUUACCUUUAUCUUCUCUAACCAAGAUGAGAGAGAGAGAAUCAUAAUAUAAACUCUGUAUUAUCC